AACAGGAACACAGUCGCUCGCCAGACUUGGUGUAGGUAGCAUCGGUCCGAGGUGGUACGCGUAAUGCGCGCCGCGGUGCACGCGUAUACGCGUAACGCGUUCAGCGAAUAGUGAUACAAUCUCGUGAAUCGUGAUCGCCCUCUUCUUCCCUACCUUGCCAUCUUCUAUAAUCUGUCGACAGGAGCCUUCCCGUACGUGCGCACAUUAUACCGUCGCUUCCGGAUCGUAAGUUGCCAAGUUGGACGAUGCGGGAGAUAGGCAAUCAGUCAGCAUAGUAGACGGCUCCCGAUCGACCGGGUUGCACGCUCACCAUCCUUCUCGAGAGUAAUAAGAGAGACCGGGCUACCCGCGAUGGCCACGACGGCGUCAACGGAGAAGAUGCAUCAGGACACGGAGGAAGACUUGCCGAAGAAGAAGCUUAUAAACAUGAAUCUCAUAUCGCUCAAGUGUCUUCUGUUCGUCUUUUUCGGAGGUAUCGGCUGUCUCUUCCCGUUUCUUCCGCUGCACAUGACCAAGGUGGGACUGAGCAUCGAAAACGUCAGAUUCGUGUCGAUGAUCUCGCCAGCGGUAGCGAUACUGGGGCCGCUGAUAGCGGGACCGAUCGCCGACAAGCUCGCCAGCCAUCAGAUGUCCAAUGAUAAAUCGUCAACCGGUCGUUACCUCCGCGUGAUGAUCGCCGUCGCCUGCAUCUUCUCGGCACUCUUCUACUCGCUGCUGAUGCUGAUUCCCGCGGUGGACCGCACGUUACCAGCCGGAGCAGGCCCGCGCUUCAAGUUCAAUUGCGAUUGGCGCGGUGCGAUGGUACGGCAAGAGAGGUGCAAGGAUCGUUUUGGCUGCCAUCGCUGGGCUGAUUAUGACAGCGGCGUGGGUGCCAUGCUGCUAAAAAAAUGUACCUACGCUUGCUAUCCAACUGGCUGGCGACGACACUUGGAACUGACCACGCGUACGACGACGACGUUCCGAAGCAACGUCGACGUCCAAGUCGAAACCGAUCUUUUCGACGGCAGUGGCGAGACUACCGUCGCCCCGUUGGAUAAUGCUGAACUCUAUGCGCAGGAGAAUCGUGACGAGGCGAAAAAAGCUCGUCGUUACGUCAUGAUCGAAUAUGAGCCGCCACACAUGUGCUACAAGGACGAGAACGAUAACAUCGUCUGUCACGUUUACACAGAGUACUCUGGCACGCUACCAGUGAACGGUAGCCUCGGACAGGCACUGAAUCCCGAAAACGAGGAUGAAUGGUGCGCGUAUCCCGUAGCCGAAUACUUUGCCUGUCGCAUACCACACAAACUAGAAGCCUCCAUGGCCCCAUUUAAUCAGAGUUGCUCCGUAGAAUGCGACCUGGUCGAUCCAUAUACUCUCGCGGGUAGCGUACUGGUGGAAAGCCGAUGCCAACAUACCGGAGUCUGGACGGAAGCGGCGUUCUGGAUGUACCUGUUUGUGCGAUCGGUCGCAGAUAUCUUCCCGACGACCGCUGUCGCCCUGAUCGAUGCAGCGGUGGUGAUUGCGACAAGGGAGACGUCGUGUGGUCGCGGCGACGUAGGACGCCAAUUGGCUUUCGGCUCCCUUGGUUUCGCCCUGCUAGGACCACUGACCGGCUAUCUGAGCACUCUGACGAGCAACAUCGGACCGGCUUAUUGGCUACCUCUCGUCCUACACGCCGUAUUGAUGAUCCUCGCGGCUAUCGUUGCUCUGUCGGCGGACGGCAUGCCCCUCAGUCCACCGGAAUGGUGGUGGCACACGAGAAGCGGCAUGCUGGCGUUGCCAAUGAGCGCUGUCAAGAGGUACGGCAGCGAAACCGUCGCCCUGAUCUUUGUCCUGCUAGUCAUGGGAACCUUUUGGAGCGCGAUGGAUAGCUACCUACCUUUGCAUCUGCAAAGAUUAGGAGGCGAUGAGCUUUCCAUCGGGGUCGCUAUGACUGUCGGGGCGAUACCUGCGUUCUUGUUCCUCUGGAAGUCUGAACAUCUUGUUGAUUACUGUGGACACAGUAAUCUUCUCAUCACUGCCUUUACAGUGUACAUAAUCAGAUUCACCGGACUGAGUCUCGUAUCUGAUCCCUGGUGGUCUCUCGUCUCGGAAGCUUUAGAAGUAUUCACCUUAGGAAUAAUGUGGGUUACCGCCAUUCUCUAUCUGAGACACUUGGUACCGCGUCAUUUGACCGUAACUGCCCAAGCGUGGCCUGUGAUAGCUCACUUUUGCAUCGGCCGAUGUCUCGGAUCCGUCAUCGGUGCUUAUAUCAAUCUCGGCGACGAGGACAUCGUACAAUCAUUGAGAUUCGUGUUUCGUUGUAUGGCGGUAGCAGCGGCCAUCGUUGCCAGUCUGUAUUUCGUAUUGUAUCAUGGAGUAUUGAAGCCGAGAUGCCAUGCACAUACCAUCCAGGGUCCUCGUCAACCCUCCACAAUCGUGCAAGCUGCCAUAAGGGAUUAUGAAUUGACAAUGAAUGGAAAUGGAAAUUACGCGCCGCUGAGAGUAUACCAUAAUGGAAUGGGCAAAAAGGGUCAAUUUCGAUACUGAGACGUUAUCUGUACGAACGAAUGAAGAGUUCUAGAAACAACACUGCAACAAUGAUUCCACAAUGCAACGUAUAAAUGUCAUCAGCGACCAAGUGCUGACCAAGUGUGUGUUCUCAAGUAUUUCGCGUUGCGUCGCAUUUAUCGUCAUUUGUUAAUUUAAGUCGACUCGACAUAUUACCGUUUCUAUUUCUUAACGUUAUUAUUUAAAUAAAUUAUUAUCACACAAGGAUCACUACUUGCUCAAGUACGUUCUAUGAGCUAUAUCAGUAUCUAUUUGUAACCAUAAAGCGUAAGCAUAUACAUAUAGCGAGCAGCAUAACGCGAAUAAUUUUCACGUAUCGCAGUAACAAAAAGAGAUAGGAAAACAUUUUUUAUGUCCACGAAAAACGUCCACGAAAAACGACAAGUAAUGUUUAUAAUAUUUCCUUAGUUUUCUAUUAUAAAUUCCUUUUUCUUUAAUACAAUUACUUUUACAUUCACAUAAAUCUUGUGAUAUAUACCUGAGGUAUAUACAAUUAAACAUGAAUAAACUUUUUUUGGUGAAAUUACAGCGAGAUUUACAUGCGUUUUCACAUGUAAUAUAAAUCCGAUAAGUAUAUCAAUAAAAAAGGUCUAUUUGAUUAGACAAAUGUUACGUUUCUGUGAGUUGAUAUAAAUGUAUACAAAAAUGAAAUAAAAACACGUUGGAGAGAAA